GCGGUUUAAAAUGUGUUACUAAUUUUACCGCGUUCACGUGGUAAUUCAUUCAUUUAAUCCACACUCGUGCAUCGAGUGGUCGCCUAUCGACGCGGACGGUCGAUUAUUUUAUUCCGUUGUUUUCGCAAUUUAAUUCGCGAAUGCCAUAUUUCCGAUGGCAACGAUGUGAGUGUAACGCGUGUGUCCAAUUGACAUUGACAUUAGUGAUGUGACGUGCGUUGGGCGGGAAAUUCAAAAUAGUUUCCAAAGAAUGUAGACCGCGCGUCAAGAUAUUUUUUGCAUGGAAUGCAAUUGAUACCUUGUGAGUUGUGAGUGAUGUUGAGUGAAAGUCGUAUCGUGUGGUCUUGUUGACAUUGCCGACCGGUGAACGUUUUAUGCAGCCUUGUGUUAUUGGCAAUAAACCAUAUAUGCGAAGAAUUUAUACAACUCCUUCCGGCAUAUAGGUUUUCCUUGGAUCUUGAAUUAAAAUAUAAAUAAACUAUCAGAUAAGCAAGAUGGCGUUCACAAUGACAGAAGGUGGUUUCGGCGUGGGUGAUUACGUGGCAUUUGGUGUGCUGUGCGCCGCUUCUUGCGCCGGCGGCGUGUGGUACAGCGCUGUGGGCUCGCGCAGCAAAGCUGUGGUCGACAUCAAAGACUAUCUGCUUGGAGGAAAGGCGAUGUCCACCUUUCCAGUCGCUAUGUCUUUAAUAGCUAGUUAUGUAUCAGGAGUGACAAUUCUCGGGACGCCGGCAGAGAUUUACAACUACGGCACACAGUACUGGCUGGUCAUUGUGGGUGUUACGUUGAGCUGUGUAGUGGUAGCCACCGUGUACUUACCGGUGUUCUGUACCCUGAGGCUCUCAUCGUCGUAUGAGUAUCUCGAGCUUCGGUUUAACCGGCAUGUUCGCGCUGUGGCAUCAGUUUUGUUCCUUUUGGAUGAGGUACUGUUCCUGCCUAUGGUGGUGUAUGUUCCUGCUUUAGCAUUUAAUCAAUUGACGGGUUUUAAUGUUUUUGCGGUCGGUGGUGCUAUGGUUGCGAUAUGUGGACUGUAUACAGUAUUAGGUGGUCUCCGCGCGGUGGUGUGGACGGACUCGGUGCAGACGGGCGUGAUGUUCAUCGGCGUGCUGCUGGUGGCGGCAGCAGGCACGCUGGCUGUUGGCGGCGUUGACGCGGUACUCGGCAUCGCCAGCGAGUCCGGGCGACUUGAGCUGUCCAAUUGGAGUUUUUCACCAUACGAGCGUCAGACGGGAUGGGGUGCCGUGGUCGGAGGGUUCUUGUAUUGGACUUGUUUCAACUCCGUCAAUCAAACCAUGGUUCAGCGGUAUAUUGCCCUGCCUUCUAAGAGGAAAGCAAUCACUGCGCUGGCCAUAUUCUGUAUCGGCGCAAUCCUGGCCAUAUCUCUGUGCGUGUGGUGCGGUCUGACCGCCUGGGGGGCCUGGGUGCUGGGGGGCUGUGACCCCGGGGGCGUGCCCCUGGUUGACGACCGGCUCCUGCCCGCAUUUGUUACCUACGUGGCUAAAGUGCAGCAUCUGCCGGGCCUUUCUGGAGUGUUCCUCGCUGGUGUUUUUGGUGCUGGAUUGAGUUCGCUGUCAGCAGUAUUAAACGCGUGUGCGCUGGUAGCCGUGGAGGACAUAAUGCGCGGCUGGCUGCGCCUGCGCUUGCGCCCGCUCACGGAGGGCAUCCUGGCGCGCUCCGUCACCGCCGCCCUCGCCGUGCUCUCUGUGGUGAUGCUCAUCGUCAUAGAGAAGCUUGGAGGUGUCCUUGGUGUAGCGACUGCGCUGUCAGCGAUCGCAGCGAGCGCCACGUGCGGCAUCUUCACGCUGGGCAUGGCGUGCUGGUGGGUGGGGCCGCGCGGCGCCAUCGCAGGCGCCGUGGCGGGCGCGCUGCUGGCCGGCACCGUGUCCAUGGGCACGCAGACCGCCGCCGCCGCCGGCCUGCGCGCCCCGCCGCUGAACAUGACCAUGGAGUGCGCUUACAACUCCUCGUUCGUCCCUGGUAGUGAUUUCGAUCCCAACACAGUGUUCCCUCUCUUCCGAGUCUCCUACCACUGGAUAGCACCGCUGGGACUCUUCGCCACUCUGUUCGUGGGCGCAACCGUCGGAUGGUUCUUCGACCAAAGAGACGCAACCAAGAUGGACGCUGAACUGUUCACGCCGGUGGUGUGGAGGCUCUUGCCUCAAGAAGCUCACACCAACAGUGGAAUGACCAGAAGAAGUAUUAACACUAAAGACGUUGAUGCACCCACACCGUGCGCUCCUCUGAUAAUAGGCCAGGUUCCGGAUAAGAUUGAAAUGAACGGCGAGACAAGUAGGUGAUAUGCCACCAUAAUAAUAAGCAGUAAUUCGAAUAUCUAUACAUACUUAAGUAAUAAGUAUUGUAAGCUUAACAAUUUUAAGUUUUGAAUCGUUGUCGAUUAUACUUUAAAAGUAUUGUCAAAUCAGUAUAUUCUAUGUACUUAAGCAUUAUGGACCUAAAUUGGUAAAUAUUUUGUAGGUAUAUUAUGAUGUAUGUAAAGUGUCAUAUAAGGGCGCCUUUACAUAUUAUUAUGAAGCUAUGUUGGUUAGUGUUGUUCAAUACACAAUUAACUUGUUUAUUUUUUAAGUAAUUAGUAAUUGUAUAAAAGCAUUCUUCUAAUUAGAAAUGAAAAAUGGUGUUAAAACUACAAGACAAUCUAUUGAGUUCUUUUGAGUUUUGAAGACAAUUAGGGGAAGCUGAUGUUUGAUAUUAUUUAGAUAUUCAUUUCCAUAGCUUAAUUAUAAACUAAACUAAUAAAGGUUGGACAUAGUAUGUUAUUAAUAAAAAUGUGAUUAUAUAAUUUUAAACAGAGGAAUAUUCUGUAAAAAAACAAAAUACUGAAACAAAAAGUUAGUUAUUAGCAGAAAUGACAGCUAAGUGAUGAUAUUUAAUACACAGAACAUAGAAUGCUAAAGCUAACGCUCCUACAAACUAGUUAAGGAUAUUGGCCAUGUCUGGGUAAGAAUAUAAGAAAAAUAUAAGAGCUUUUUGGGAAGAUAGUAAUAUAGUAGCUGCAUCUUAGACUAAAAUUCAUAGACGUUGCGGGGGCGCCCCCAAUGGUCUCCUGGGGGUGCCCCUGGAACGUCUAUGAAUUCUACUGUUAGACAAUCUUAGGCAAGCAAUAUCCCCUGAUGUGGAGAGUGCAUCGUCUCCACAUCAGAGGUACUGCUUGCGUUAACUUAAGACAAUAUAAAUAUUUAGAAUUUCCUUUCUUGUUUUCUCUGUGUCGAGUUUAUGUGUUGGCAAAAAAAUCAACAGUGGACCAAUUAUUCGUGUAUGUAUUAAUCUAGGAAGUUUUUUUUAUGUAGUCUGUCACAUAUUGUAUGAGUUUUUCAUCAGAAAUUUUCUGACGUAUGCCUGAAAGCGCUUAGCUCAUAUGACGUGUUCUAGAGCCGCAUACUAUUAGAAUUCUGACGCAUACUAUUAGAAUUCUGACGCAUCCGAAAUCCGUUUCUGCAGUGUUGACGGAAAACGAAAUGUAGACGACGUUGACUUUAGCUGGGACCCUUUCAUUGCCACGUCAGAAGUAAACGUUCAAGUAAAUAAACCCAAAUGUAUCAGAAUAUAAAUCUUAUUGCUAUUUAAAUUAUAACAAAAAUUCAGUGAAGAUCAAUCCUGGAUUAGCCUAUAAGCUAUUUAAGCAAUUGCUUAGGGCAUCCUGUCUAGGCAAGCCCUAGGGACUAGGUCUAGGCCCCUCUAGGGACCAGAGAAGACCGAGAAAUGAAUGAACACUCGAAACUUAAAGAAAUUUUAAAAUUCGUACAUUUUACUCCGGGAGGGUAAAACACACACAGGUGAAGAUUGCUAAGGGCACUGGAAGAUACACAACAACUAAAAUGUUUGUAACCGAUGUUUAUAGCUGCCACUGCGAUUCUAAUGCUGCCGAUCGGAUGCUAGUCUGACCAGAACGUUGAAGACGUGUUCUGUCUAUUAAUCUAGAAAUUCAGAAAUUAACUCUGACUCACACAAGCAGAAUUUUUGGUGCUGUCAGAAAUGUACAAAGAGACAAACUCUCGUAAAUGCGGCCGGUCUUAUGAUGUGUGGUUGUUAGGAAAUUGUAUAUUUUAACGCUCGAUGUUAUCAGGAUAUCGAAAUACUUCAUUCUUCAUUAUAUUCUAGUUAUAUAAUUAGUUAAGAAUAUUUUUCGAAUAACUUUUCAUAUAUUCUACAGUAUGUACCUGAUGUUAUGUAGGUAUAAUAUCUAUAAGAAAUGGAUUUAUGUAUAUUAAGAUAUUUAUUGUAUUUUGAUAACGUUUAUUUAUUUAACAUUUAUAAGGUAUUUGUAAAAUAGUUUAUUAAAUAUAUUGUUAAAUAAAUUGAAUAUACAUCA